GCCUCGCCCCGCGCCCGGGCCCCUCCUCCGCGUGCCCUCGGGAGUCCCGGGGAGGAGUUGCCGCGCGGAGGAGGGGCGUGGCCGCGGUGCCUGCGGAGGCGCGAGCGGCGCGGCCGGGACUUUGGCUUUGACGCCGACUGCGAGCGGGAGCCGUGCGGCUGGUGCCGGGUCUGGACUGGCUCUGGCGGAUCCCGCGCCCGAGUUGGGUGCAGGACUUUUUGCCGGGGUAAACGCAACUGCGGCGGCGCCGCCGCAAGUCCCGGUGCAGCCUCGGCGGCGGAUUUCGCCGCCGCUGCCGCCUCCUCCGAGCAGCCCUGCGGCUUCUAUUCACUCUGGGAGAGCGAUGCUAAGUUUCUCUCAUAGAAAGAGCCGGGACAUGCAGACCGAAGCGGCGUAGGCGGCUUCCAGGGCCUGACCAAUUACCUGCACCCGCGCGGACGCCUAGGCUGGAGGUAGGGGGCCCGAGCUGUCUCGGGCUGGGCUCAGGCUUACGAGCCGCAGGUGGAAGAGGAACCGGCGCCCCGCAGAGCGGCCGAGAGGCGGCCAAGUGAAAGGUAAUUUUGGACACGGCAGGCAUGGAAGAUUCGGUGUUUGUCUAUAGUAACCUCUUCAGUCCCUGAAUCCUGCACCUUCCGUUUUUCUGUGCUUGUACGGCCUACUGGGCUUCCUCCCUAGCCAGAGAGCUCUUCUGCAGUGGUGCGGCCUUCCCGGGAGCCUGAUCCUGGCGGACCAUGGGGAGCACCCUGGGCUGCCACCGCUCCAUCCCCAGGGACCCCUCGGACCUGUCCCAUAGCCGCAAGUUCAGCGCAGCCUGUAACUUCAGCAACAUCCUGGUGAAUCAGGAGCGGCUCAACAUCAACACUGCCACGGAGGAGGAACUGAUGACCCUGCCUGGGGUGACGCGUGCCGUGGCACGCAGCAUCGUGGAGUACCGAGAGUAUAUCGGUGGCUUCAAGAAGGUGGAGGACCUGGCAUUGGUCAGUGGUGUAGGCGCCACCAAGCUGGAGCAGGUCAAGUUUGAGAUCUGUGUGAGCAGCAAGGGCAGCUCAGCGCAGCACUCUCCAAGUUCCCUGCGGCGGGACCUGCUAGCGGAGCAGCAGCCUCACCACCUGGCCACAGCUGUGCCCCUCACCCCACGUGUUAACAUCAACACAGCCACCCCGGCCCAGCUCAUGAGCGUGCGAGGCCUCUCGGAGAAAAUGGCCCUCAGCAUCGUGGACUUCCGCCGUGAGCAUGGGCCCUUUCGCAGCGUUGAGGACCUAGUGAGGAUGGAUGGUAUCAAUGCCGCCUUCCUGGACAGGAUACGGCACCAGGUGUUUGCUGAGAGGUCCAGGCCCCCAUCCACCCACACGAACGGGGGACUGACCUUCACCGCCAAGCCUCACCCGAGCCCUACUUCCCUGAGCCUGCAGAGUGAGGACCUGGACCUGCCACCAGGGGGGCCCACCCAGAUUAUCUCCACUCGGCCCUCCGUGGAAGCCUUUGGAGGCACAAGGGAUGGGAGGCCUGUGCUGAGGCUGGCCACCUGGAACUUGCAGGGCUGUUCCGUGGAGAAGGCCAACAACCCUGGGGUGCGAGAGGUGGUGUGCAUGACACUCCUGGAAAACAGCAUCAAGCUUCUAGCUGUGCAAGAACUGCUUGACAGAGAGGCCUUGGAAAAGUUCUGCACGGAGCUAAACCAGCCGACCCUGCCCAACAUCCGCAAGUGGAAGGGGCCCCGGGGAUGCUGGAAGGCUGUUGUUGCUGAGAAGCCCUCGAAUCAGCUCCAGAAGGGAGCCGGGUAUGCAGGAUUCCUAUGGGAUGCGGCGGCUGGCGUGGAGCUGAGAGAUGCUGGCUCACAGGAGAGCUCGCCCAGCAACGGGCACGGGAAGCUGGCGGGCCCCAGCCCAUACCUCGCGCGGUUCAAGGUGGGAAGUCACGACCUGACCCUUGUUAACCUUCACCUGGCAGCCCUGACCCUCCUGGGGAGCGAGAAUCCCAGCAAGAAUCACAGUGAUGGCCACCGGUUGGCGAGCUUUGCACAGACCCUACAGGAAACCCUGAAAGGAGAAAAGGAUGUCAUUAUCUUAGGGGAUUUUGGCCAAGGGCCAGACAGCAAUGACUAUGAUAUCCUGAGGAAAGAAAAGUUCCACCACCUGAUCCCCGCUCACACCUUCACCAACAUCAGCACCAAGAACCCUCAAGGCUCGAAGUCUCUGGACAACAUCUGGAUCAGUAAAAGCUUAAAGAAGGUUUUCACAGGUCACUGGGCUGUGGUGAGAGAAGGCCUCACGAACCCUUGGAUUCCGGAUAACUGGUCUUGGGGCGGGGUGGCUUCUGAACACUGCCCAGUGCUAGCCGAGCUCUACACUGAAAAGGACUGGAGCAAGAAGGAUGCCCCUCGGAACGGCAGCGGGGUGGCCUUGGAGAGAAGUGAAGCCAACAUCAAGCACGAGCGAUGAUGACACCAAAUCCAUGUGUCCACCCCGGGACCCAGGAGGGCACAGCCAAGGAGUGAGCCCUGCAGGGUGACGCUUCAGGGCAGAACUGCCUUUUAAUUUUUAUUCUCAGAGCAUCAGCACUUGAGGCAUUGCCCCACGCCUUCUCUGUGGACCAUUCAGGACCUCCAGUGGGGGUGGCGUGCCAGGUGCGUACCCCACCAGGUGGGCAAAGCAGAAACCUGUGGGGAGCGGAGACGCCUUUUAUCUCUGGAUGCCACAGACCUGAGCGGCAUUGGGCUGGCUGUCCGCUGCUGACUGGAUGACAGCACAAGGACAAUAUGAGCAGAGGGAGGAGAAGAAGGGGUGCUCAGGCUGUGGGCCACAGUCCAGCAGCGCCAGAAGCACUCAUUUCUCACCACCAGGCUGUGACGUUCCUGCUGUGCAUUACAGAAAGCUUUUAACUGUGAUCAGGCACUCUGCUCAGAUACAUUGAGUGGCGAUUUUUAGUUUUGUUUUGAAAAAAUAAACAGAUUAACCUGCCUCGCUGCAGUGAGAGCAUGGGACAAGUCCACAACAGCCCUCCUCCUGCCCCCUCCCCCCGCCCCCCGACGCGCAGUGUAUAUUUGCACCAUGGCAGGUGCCUCUGUGUGGAGCUAGGGUCAAGCCCUGACCGGCUUCACCUCCCCUGCGCCUUUUAUGUCCCCACCUUGAGGCCUUGCAGAGGCGCCUCUCAAGCCCCCAUCAACUUGCCUGGACCUCUGUGAAGCCUCUCUAUCAUCUCCCCUUCCCAGCCCUCCUUCAUCCCCUGCCUCCUUCACCAGCCUGGCUUUUGCCUGGAGCACCAUUUGUUCAGUUCUCUUUGCAGGACAAGAAUUCUCUCAAGGUGGUAUCACCUCCUCCCUUCUCCCCACUCACUCCAGUUUUUAGCCCGGAGCCUCCUGUGGUUGACUGUCAGGAAUGUGUGCUGUGUCAGGAUACAUAAGUUAGACCUCGGAGUAUCAUGGAGAGUGCCCCUCCUAGUGGCUGGAGGUAGGGACAGUUGGUUGUGGGGCUGGAGAGAGGUUGUGGGGGGAAGCGAGGAUGCGUGCCUGCCACUAGGCAUCUGCAUCCCCGAGCCCAAGCCAGGAGGGAUUUCCCUUAGGCAACACCAUCCCAGGGAGAUCUGCCACAAUUCACGUUUCACAGCUGAAGAAGCUGAGGCUUAGAGAGCUCGACCUCCUCAAGGUCACACCACUGGGUAAAUAGAGGGGAUGCAGACUCAGGUUUUGCUGUGUGCUCCCAUUUCAACUUUAUGCUUAACAUGAAUGGAAAAAUAUGAAAGUAAAUAGUGAAAAGGUGAGUUAUGAGCUUAGAUUACCUAGAUUAUUCCAGUAUCCCAUGGAAGCUGAGGACUUAUUCCGCUUUCCACACCGAACACUAAAUGUGGACCAGUAUCAAGAACCCUCCUGUCCCCAAGCAGUGUAAACCCAGUGGCUUCUCUGAUCUGGAGCUGAUGGGCCGUGAAGGGGGCCCAUUUUUCCCCAAAGGCCAUCCUUUUGGGGCCACCUGGCUCCAAGGAGCAUCACUGGUCUUGGGGACGGGAAGGGAACCCUCUUCCAGGAUCUCUAAGGGUACUUGGGAAUCAGUUGUGUCCAUUCUGAGGUCUCUGCAGUGGGAGGGCGGCAGCUCCUGUCCCUGGGUUCAGGCUGUGCCUCUGGAAGCAUCGAAAUGGGAUGUCUGAGCCUUGAGGAAAAGCAGCAGGGUUAGCAUUAAAGUCAAGAGGGGCAGCUCAGGAUGCUACCAGGGAGCGCAUCGUUUCUGGUGCCUCAUCUAAAGGUAAAACCUCCCCUACGUUCACCAGCCGGAUGUCCCAAAUUCCUUUAGCCAGAUUCCUUUUUGCAACCAAAGCUGUGGACAGGAAGGCCUCCUUAAGUGAGCUGAGGGGAAAGGAAAUCCAAUCAGAUGACCUUUGUGUUCGUAAUCGGGCUUGAGCCAGAGGCUGGGAUGCUGAGUCCCAGCCAAACCUCACUGGCCCUUUUGCUUUUCACGCCCGGGGCUCAGUGGCCCAGGAAAUGUGCUGGGCAGCCUGUUCUUACUCCAGCUCAACCCAUUGGGUGUUAGCUGUUUUGGUUUUAGUUGUUGCUUUGUAUUUUGUUGUUUUAAUUAAUAGGCUUUAUUUGUAAGAGCAGUUUUAUGUUUAGAGAAAAAUUAGGCACAAAGGGAUUCCCAUAUCCCCCCUCUUCUUUGCAUAUUUCUCCCUCUAAUUAGCAUGUUGCAUUAGCGUGGCACUUUGUUACAACUGAUGAACUUGUAUUCAUUAUUAUUAGCUACAGUGUUCAUAGUUUAUAUUAAAGUUCACUCUUUGUGUUGUGCAUCCUA